AGAAAAGGAGUGAAUGUAAAAGUCAAGGCAGACAAUACUAAGGCGACUUAACCUGAUUUAAUUUCCUGGGAGUUUUUUUCACCUAAUAUUUCUACUGCAUUAAGCUGUAUUCAUUUAACUCUCCUGUGUAAGGUGUAGCCCUCAAACUUUGAUUCGUUCACCCCAGUAGCAGUAUGACAAAAGACUUAUGAGCUAGUUGCAUAAGAUUACCGGCAUGUUUAUAUAAAAAUAAUGCUGGUGUAGAAAGUGGAGACUAAAGAGCAGGUCUGGCGGCUGAUUCAGUUGAUUAUUUUCAUGCUGACUUUUCAUGGUGAUGCGUUAUUGUGGAGUUGCGAAAAAUUCUGUAUUACUAUUGAUAAUGGUGAAUUUUAAAAGCCUUGUCAGGGACCAAGCAGUAAGCCAUAGAGGACACAGGUGUUUAAUUCAAAAAAUGGGGUUUUAUUGACCCAAAAAUAUGAAAGAUAAUCGACAAAGCCAAAAACUUAAACAGGCAGACCAAUAAAAGAGAUCAAAUCAAUAAACUAAACUCAAAAUAACAACUAACAAAACCUCAAACAAACACAAGACAAACUGACCUCCUGAAAUGACGCGAGGGAACUUAAAUACUGGCUUAGCUAAACCAUAUGACACACAAGGGGAAAAUAAAAUAGCUGCCAUAUAACCGACUAACACAAAACAAUUAAACAAACUCCAAACACCCCGCAGACAAUGAAGCAUGUGGUUUAGUCCAAUGAGGCUGUCAGCAGUACUUCAGAUCCCCCAGCCCUUUUUCACACUUUUUGCCAACCAGGAAGGAGAAGCCAAACCCCCAGAUAACUCAAACAAAGAAAGAUGUAUUAAUAUAACAUAAAACAGAACUUUGACCUUGCAGUGUGGAUAUGUGUGCACCCCAUAUAAACAUUGGAAGGUGUGAUGGAAAAAAAUAAACUAAUUUAAUAAAGAAACAGUAUAUUUGACAAUAAGUGUAGUGGCUGCAAAGUAAACUAAAGUGAAGGAACUAGUGGUGAUGUGUGGAGCUUACCAUGUGUGGCUUGCCAUCACAGGCCCUAAAUAGAAAACCCAGCAUUUUCUGUUUAUGGAGAACAAUCCAACCAGGCCCUGUAGUGUAUCCUGUGUGUGUUGUUGUUCACGUACAGUCUCAAGAAGUUAAAACUGCUGACCUCCCACAAGCAACAUGGUUGACCUGUGACCUCCCAGAAACUGCUAAGUUAGAGCUAAUCCAAAAGGACUAAGUUCAAAAGGGCAGAAUGUGAAUGCAAGGAGACACAAUCAUCUAACGUGCUUAAGGUUGAGUUGGCAUUUUGUAACUCCAGUGUAUCUGUUGAGGCUCCAGUGAGGCGUAGAUUAAUGGUUUGUAGAGUUAAUGUUAAAGAAAACCUCUUAGAUAUUAAUGCUGGUAUUUACUUGGAAUCUGACGCUUCCGUGCACAAAGGCCCUCCCACUCAAAUUUAAAUUAUUGCUGUUACUCAAAGACACUGACUUUAGCUCAUAACAAUGCUUUAUUUGGCAAUUUGAACAUUACUAUAUUACAUUAUUUAUAUUUUCAUACUUGUCACAUAUGCCACCUAACCAUGUGAUUCCUCCUGUACCUCCUGUACCACUAUUACUGUGUUUGGGGAACUUUUUGAGAAACUAAUUGCAGACUGUGUAUUGAAAAGGCUGCAAUUUUCAUUGCAAUGUCCAGAAAACUCCGAUAAAGAACAUUUGGGGCUUAAAUACCGGUUAUAUCAGUACAAGGAAGCAGAUCUGUGGUGUUUGUUUAAUUACAAAAAAGAGAAAAAAGUACACGUUUUUCUAUAAUUUUUGUCUUCAUUUAUUAACUUGGUUUAUUGACUCUUGUUCCACUCAAUGAUCAGCCUGCCUUGUCUGUUAAAAUAUGACUGAUUACUUAAACAGGAGGACAGGAAUCCAUUCUUCCUCUCUCCCUGUGAAGAAGAGAUCAGUUAGCUGUGCAAGCAUGGUCCAGAGAGUGGCAGUGAUCGGUGCAGGACCCUCAGGACUGACGAGCAUCAAAGGCUGUCUGGACGAAGGUCUGGAGCCCACAUGCUUUGAAAGCAGCGAUGACAUUGGAGGUCUUUGGAGAUUUAAGGAGAAGCCAGAGCCGGGGCGGGCCAACAUCUAUAAGUCAGUGAUUAUCAACAGCUCCAAAGAGAUGAUGUCUUUCAGCGACUUCCCGCCUCCUGCUGACCUCCCUAACAACAUGCACCACUCUGAGGUCCUGCUGUAUCUGCGUCUGUAUGCUCAGACGUUCAACCUGCUGCCACACAUACGCUUCCAGACUACUGUGAUCAGCGUGAGGCAGAAGACAAAUUUUAAAGUGACGGGUCAGUGGGAGGUGGAGACGGAGAGCAGAGAGGGUCAGAGGGAGACCCGUGAUUUUGAUGCCGUGAUGGUUUGCACUGGACAUUUCACCCAGCCUCACCUGCCACUUAGAGACUUCCCAGGUAUUGAGCGUUUCCAAGGCAAAUAUUUCCACAGCUGGGAAUACUGCAGUGCUGAGGGUCUGGAGGGGAAAAGGGUGGUGGUCAUUGGGAUUGGGAACUCUGGGGGUGAUAUUGCUGUGGAUGUCAGCAGGGUUGCGGAGAAGGUGUACCUCAGUACCAGAAGUGGAGCAUGGGUUGUUGGCCGUGUAGGGCCAGGGGGACUUCCGCUGGAUGUUGUCGGGAGUUCUCGAAUGGACGCACUGAUACGAAAGCUCUUCCCCUCAUGGACCAACACUGUGUUGGAGAAGAAGCUGAAUCAAGCCCUGGACCAUAAAUUAUAUGGCCUGAAACCGAAACAUGGUUUUUUUGCACAGAUUCCUGUAGUGAAUGAUGACUUGCCAGCUCGGAUCAUCUCAGGUCGUGUUGCGGUGAAACCAAACGUGAGGGAGUUCUGUGGGUCCAGUGUGGUCUUUGUUGACGGAAGCACCAUAGACAAGGUAGAUGUGGUUGUGUUUGCCACAGGGUACAACUACAGCUUUCCUUUCCUGCCCUCAGCUCUACAGGCUAAAUGUGGUUAUAGGCUGCAGCUCUACAAACAUGUGUUCCCUCCUGCACUGACCUCACCAACACUGGCAGUGGUGGGCUUCAUACAUAGCUUUGGUGCUAUUAACCCUCUGGCUGAGAUGCAGGCACGUUGGGCUACAAGAGUGUUUAAAGGUUUAACAGCCCUCCCCACAGAGGAGAACAUGAUGAAGGAAAUUGAGAAAGACACGGCAGCCAUGUAUCAGAAGUUUGCAUGCUCAGAGCGCAACCCACUGCAAGAGGACUACAUCCCUUACCUGGACUCUCUGUCUGAAGAGGUGGGGGUAAGGCCAAACAUACCAUGGCUCUUUUUUAAGGAUCCAACACUGGCACUGCAGGUUUUUUUAGGACCCUCCACACCGUACCAGUACCGUCUGACUGGACCAGGAAAGUGGGCUGGAGCCCGUCAGGCUAUCCUCACUCAGUGGGACCGGGUGUUUCAGCCUUUUAAGACCAGAGUGGUAACAGAACCAAAGCCAGACGUCACACAUUCUUCUAAACUGAGCAUAAUAAUGUUUCUCUCAGGUGCUACUCUGUUGUGUUGCAUCUUCUACAAUAAGCUCCACUUUGCCUCUUACUUCUCUGCUUCUUCGUUCCCCAGAUCUCUUCAGUUAUUUGCAGGGUGAAUGAAGGAGAUGUAGGCAGAGAUUGUUUUUACAGUGCGUAACUUGCCAAGCUGAAUAAGAAAUUUAAAAAAUAUAUUAUUAAAAUAAACUGGAUUUGUUAAAUCUG